UAUUGGAGGUGUUUUAGGUGACUCAUGGUACUUGGUAUUAGAAACACUACAACUAGUACAUUAUAGAUUAUUUUCAAAGUAUUCUAAUAAGAAAAAGAAUCGCAGAAUUAAUAUGCACCAUACCAAAUCUGAAUCUGUCACUUCUUUAACUUCGCAAAUAACUUCAUGUAGUAGUUCUUCAUCUCUCAAUCAAACAACUACUCCAUUAAUUGUACAAAUAUCAUGUCCGAACCCCUUUGAAGCUACAGAUAAUUACCCUCAACCAUCGGACCAUGUAUCUCAAGCUGAGACACCUAUAGUCUCUUAUUCUGGAUCUUUUAAAGAUGAAUUAAAUACAUGUGGUAUUCAACUUAAUGAAGAAUUUCAAGUGGCUGGUCAAGAAUUAAUAUUUGUCGAUAAUUAUAUACAUAAACCAAUUACUUUAGGAGCUUUACGUGUCAUUAAUCAUAAGAAGUUUUUUACAAUUAAAAUAUUGCAUUCUGCGACGAUUUUAAACAUGCAUCGAAUGAUCGCGUGUGAUCCAACUUUAAUCUGGGAUUUAGUUACAUCUCACCUAAUCAUAACUACGAAUCAUAUUUCAACUCCUCAUCAUAUUCGUAUACAAGCUUGUAAAGUUCUUGCAAACAUUAUCGUUUCAACUGUUAAUUAUGUUUCUUUAUCACAAAUAAAGAAUAAUGAACGUAUUCAAUCUCAACUUCUUAUUUCUCUUUAUCAUAUGAUUGAUAAUUCUGAAUGGAUUUCUCUACGUUCGGGUGGUGGUGUUUAUGUUGAAGUUCAAAAAAUUAGACUAGAAACAUUAUAUAAAGUAUUAGAAACUUCUGGUAGAGCUGGAUAUUCUUUUACUUUUUGGUGGAAUGUUAUUUUAGACAUUAUUAAGAGUGUCUGCGUGUAUGCUGGUUCUGGUGAAACCAUGGAAAAUGAUGCUGUUAGUGAUGAUAGUCUUAGUAUAUUAGACGAAUCAAUAUUUUAUAUAUCGGAUACAAAAACCUCAGGUUUAGUUCUCGUGGCAUUUCCUUCAUUACAACUUAUUUAUAAUGACCUUUUGUCAUUGCUAUCACCUAAAUAUUUGAAAGAAUUAAUCAAUACAUUAGGCGCAUUUGGUUUACAAAGGGAUGAUUUAUAUAUAAGUUUGAAAUCAAUUGGACUUUUGUGGAAUAUCUCUGAAUUUAUACAAGUUAAACGUUCUGAUCAUAAUUAUGAUAUUGGAAUGAUCAAAAGUUUUGCACUUGAUACAAUUGAUAUUGACAAAACUAUCUUAAAAGAGUCUACAUCUAUUAUGGAUGUACUUUGGAUGUUAUUAUUAUCACAACUUUUAAAAAUUUGUUCGGAUGCUCGUCCAGAAGUACGUAAUUUAGCAAUUCAAACAGUAAUUCGUUCAGUAGCUGUUUAUGGACAAUAUCAAGACUUGAAUCAAGAUUUGAACUUGGCAUCACAUAAAGAAUCACAUAAAGAAUUUGAUGGAUUUCUUUUUC